UGUGUGUGUGUGUUGUUCAUUUUAAAUAAUUAUCAUCCUCGUUUGAUAUUGUGAAAGAUUAAGAACAACAUAAGAAGAACCUGAAAAAAUUAAUCUAUUUCAAAUGAAGUGUACAUUCCGAAGUACACACGCGUAUAUGACCUUUACCAUAUUUAUCACCUAACGGAAUAACGAACAAUAAAUUACAGACGUUGUCAUUAGCGUUCUAAGUGUCGAGACACAAACAUAAUACAUUUUGAAACUAAGAAGUGAGAAAAUAUCAAAACUUUACAAGCUAUACUACUUGUGUACUUAUUACCAAAGAGAAAUUCCUUCCCUAUUAUUACUUUGCAUUUAAAGAUAAAAACUGAUUAAGAAGAUGGCGCUACAGUCAAGAAGCAUUCAUUCGAAACCUACGUCAGAUACUUCGGAAAUAGUAAACAAUGAGGGGAAAUCACAAAAUAAUUCUAUUUCGAUUGAAAAAAAGUAUACAAGCUAUACUUUUCAAAAUUUCAAAGUAAGAAAGAAAUGUUUUAGGGAGGACUCAUUUUGUGAGCCAGAAGAGGUGCAAUCUGCGAAUAAAUCCCAAAACUUCGUGAGGAAAAUAAUUGCUUCUUUGGAAAGAAAAAACAGAGCUUGUAUGGCAAAUGAUGAAUUUUUUACAAAAUAUAACAGAAGAAAUGACUCGAAUCUUAAUUUUGAUCACUCCUUCGAUAGAAAAGUUGAGACCUCUAACAAGAUAAAAAAUGAAAUUCCAGUUUCAAAUAUGGAAACAGAAACAAGUCAAGUAUCUUCGGAAGAUGAUAAGAUACAGAAUUCUCGACCAGAAACGCCUACCAGAUAUCACCUACCUGUAUCUUCAAAUAUUGGAACGAGAAAAAAAGUUUCCCUAGAAAUCUGUAUUAAAAAUAGUAAUUCUAAGAAAUCAGUAGACGAAACUUUCAAUAAGCAAGAGAAUAAUUUUAAAAUAAAUGAACCAUCAAAUAUAAAAUAUUAUAAAGAAGGUUAUGUACAUUGUAAUUCAAGAAAUGACAUCGAAUUCUGUAACCAAGAAAGAAAAAAUUUUUAUGAUUCCUCCUCGUUCGAUCCUAAUCGAUAUCGGGUCGAGUUACAAAAUCGAACAGACAUUAUAAAUUCUUAUUUUUUAGAAAGCGACCAAGACGAUCAUAAAAAAAAUGCGUUAGAUAAAAUAUUUAUACAUUCAGAGAGGGAAGAGGGAAGUUUAAACAGAAGUACUUUCAGAAAAAGACUCAGUAGAAGUAAGUCACUCAAAAAUUUCUUUGCGUCCAUGAUAAAAUGGAAAAAGUCUAAAACUAAGGAGAGACCUCGACGCUUUAUGUCUUGUGAUCAUUUAUUGGAAGACACAAAAAUAAUUGAUUCUAAAAAUGAUAAAAUAUUACCAAGGACUUCUUCAUAUCAAACAAUCGUUUUCCAUCAAGAAAAUUUUGAGCAGGUCAAACGUAACGCGACAAUUCAUCCUAUUUAUGGAGGGAAGAGAAAUCAACAGCUUUUUGAAAUACUUGCAGAAAAAAAUGAAGAUCGUAGACGUCUUCUGAUACAUGGAAGUAUGGAAAAUCUUGUAAAACCCUCUGUAAUCAAGGACAUAGUAAAACAUCUCGAAAAUAAUAAAACGUCACAGCUUCCGCAAGAAUCGCGAAAGUAUUAAUGACUAUUCUAAUGAAAAAAAAUAUUGACUACGAAAGAAGAAGAUGAUAUACCUAUUCAGUUUCAUAACUUGUGACAAAUAUUACUUCUUUGUAUGAUAAUAAAAACUAAAUACCUUUUUAGGAUGUUGACUCACACAUGA